UGCAGUAAAGUGGGGAAGUAUAUUACCACAAAAUAUCAAUAUUUCUUUAUCAAUAUUUUUUUACURUAUUUUUGUGUGCUUGUGAGAUUAUUAAUAGUAACAGUAAAACUACAUAGUGUAUUGCAGUUAAGUGGUGAGGUAUGGGAUAAAGACGACGAUAAAGAAGAAGCUGAAAUAAAAGUUAAGGUACGUGAAGUAAGUGACCAUCGUGUAAAGUAGAGGAACGUUCAUUGAUUAUGCAACGAUGAAGGGAUACGGGGCUCGGAGGAUCUAAGUUUGUCAGUGGAAAAGGAUGGAUGGAUGGAGGAGAAGAAAUACAGGGAAAAUAUUACGGGUCCUCAUUCUACAUUCUCAUCCUCACCUACCCCCUCGAUCCCCAUUUGGCACACCAAAUGAACGUUCCUGAAACAAGCUAGCCUGCURAGUUUUUACCAGAUUGCUUCCUUCUGCUCAAUAAAAUAACACGAACACUGCAGCACACAGCAAACAAGAGGRGUAAUUUUAUACGGUAAAACAACUGUCUAUUUACUUUUAAUUUUAAUUCSAACGAAAGAUGCCAAGCUUAACAAACAAUACUCUCCGCCUUUAGUAUAUAGAUUGCUUUUCAGACCUUAAACACAUGAAGCUUCAUAUUCUUCCAUCAAGAUAUUUCGAAAAAAUAUAUCUUUGAUAUCCGUAUAUAUUCAUGCGAUUUAUUUGCUAAGUUUAUCUUUAUUCACUGAUCAAAUAUAGUAGAUAUUGAACAGCAAACAUUUUAAUUGUACAGCCGUAUUGAUGGUUAUAGAAAAUUUGCGUAUGUCACGCGCGCAAAUCAAACAGAAUCUAAUUGUGAGUCCACGGAUUGUAUACUGGUUCAACAUCUGAUUCAAAGGUACAAUCAAGUGAGCAAGCUAGGCCGACAAGUUAGUAUCAAGACGAAGAUCGAAGAGUCAUCUCAGUUAAAAACGAUCUUUCAUUGUAGCAGCUUGGCUUCUCUCAGUUGUCAAGGUCUUUUAUAGAUUGGCAAAAUGUCUGGCCUCUACUCCAGUAACAGAGGUGCCCAGAUAGGCAUCACUUUUACAUUUUCUGUCCUCGUGACCCUGGAUCUGAUCGGYAACACCCUUGUUAUCUUCGUAAUCCUCUCCAACAAAUCCAUGCGUACACCAAUGAACUUCCUACUCRUCAAYCUGGCUAUAGCCGACAUCAUGGUUGCAACCUUUAUUGCUCCGAGGUUCAUCUUUAGCCACUUCUUCACCCACCCUGACGGCCUUUCAGGUACGAUAGUGUGUAAGCUGUUGACCGGAGGGAACUUUACCUGGACGGGGGGCGCAGGCUCUGUGUUCUCUCUCGUCGCCAUCGCUUUUGAGAGAUACUUCGCUGUCAUGCAUCCUUACUCGCAGAAGCUAAAACUCACCGUCCAAAAAGUCAAACAAAUUGUUGUUGCAUGCUGGAUMUUCGCUGUCGUUCUUAACCUACCGUUGUUCCUGACGAUAUUCUAUGACAAGAAKAAUAAUUUCUGCAUGGAAGUGUGGCCAAAACAGCCCGACUGGCUGGCUAAGGCUUACRGCUCGGUGUGGUUCAUUGUCGCUGGGGUUGUACCAAUAUCCAUGAUGUUCGUUCUGUACAGUAAAGUGGUCUACACUUUGUGGUUCAAGAAGUCRCCUCAUGAACUCCAAGGCACCCAGUUAGCUGUUCUUAGGUCAAGGAAGAGAGUUACCAAGAUGGUCGUUACCGUYAGCAUCAUAUACGGUCUGAGUUGGUUACCGAAUCUCACSAUUUACGCCCUCAACUACUACCACCCCGGGUACACCUACGGAGACGUGACGUAUAUCUGCAGCAUAGUCAUAGUCACAUGCAAUUCUACUAUAAACCCCUUCAUCUAUACCUUCCAGAGCRGCAAAUUUCGGCGCCAUUUGAAGGACCUGGUGUGUUGUAGGAAGUACCGAAAGAACCAGGUUGACGUGAGUACGACAGCAGCAAGCACCCACACCACCCCGAAAAGUCACCUUGAUGAGGAAAGUAAACUCGCUGACCAAAACGUGUAAAGGGAACUCUCAUUCAAUAACUAGUAACCUUGUUACCAUAGAGACAACCUUUCUACCGCUGAUCAGGAAGUACGAAAAAUAUACCGUCAAUUAGCAUAUACCAACUUGUGUACUUCCUAAGAACGCGCGCGCUCAUUGGUUAAUUGGAGGUGAAUAUUGUACGAUAUUCACAUCUGAA